UCCAACUGCUCUAAAAUUUCUUUUCUUCCCUUUCUUGUUUCAUCACAGGUUCCAAUUCCGCCAGGUCAAGUAUAUGCAAUCAACGAUUCUUUAUCCCCUGAGGGUGCAGCUGAUGACUAUGAAACCUGUCUGAAGCAACUUGUCAAGGAUGGAAUCAUCGCACUGUCAGCCUCUUCUGGGUUCCCCAGAUUCGAUCUCAUGCUACUGGGAAUGGGCCCGGACGGCCACAUUGCCUCUCUCUUCCCUGGGCAUCCCCUUAUCAACGAGAAGGAGCGGUGGGUUACGUUCAUUAAGGACUCGCCAAAGCCGCCGCCGGAGAGAAUCACAUUUACUUUCCCUGUGAUCAACUCUUCUGCAUACAUUGCAAUGGUGGUCACUGGAGCUGGAAAGGCCAGUGCCGUGCUCAAGGCUUUUGGGAGUGAGGAGAGCUCUGCAGAUUUGUUGCUGCUUGAUCUUAUUUUCGCAAAAACAAAAAACCAGCAGAUUUUUUAAGCGAAUGGGCCAAAA